AUGGGGUGCGGGAAUCUGUUCUUCACAGCUCUAAUAAGCUUCUCGGUAGCUCUAAUCACUUACAACGUUCUAAUCGCCGCCAAUGCCCCUCUCAAGCAGGACCUGCCCGGCCCGUCCACAAUUUCCUCCAUCGAUCCAAUCAUCCAGAUGCCCAAGGACAGAUCGAGGAAAUUCGGCGGUUCUUCUUCCACCACCCAGAAGCGCCUCUUCCACACCGCCGUGACCUCCUCCGAUUCCGUCUACAACACCUGGCAGUGCCGGGUGAUGUACUACUGGUUCAAGAAGUUCCGGGAAGGACCCAACUCCGAUAUGGGAGGGUUUACCAGGAUAUUGCACUCCGGCAAGGCCGAUAAGUUCAUGGAUGAGAUCCCCACUUUCGUUGCUCAGCCGCUCCCCUCCGGAAUGGAUCAGGGUUAUAUCGUACUCAAUAGACCAUGGGCAUUUGUGCAAUGGCUUGAAAAAGCGGAUAUCAAAGAAGAUUAUAUAUUGAUGUCGGAGCCUGAUCACAUUAUUGUGAAACCCAUACCGAAUUUGAGCAAAGACGGGCUUGGAGCUGCGUUUCCUUUCUUCUAUAUCGAGCCUAAGAAGUAUGAAACAGUAUUGCGGAAGUACUUCCCUGAGGAAAAAGGGCCAGUUACUAUUAUCGAUCCUAUAGGGAAUUCCCCUGUCAUCAUAGGAAAGGAGUCUCUUAAGAAGAUAGCUCCCACUUGGAUGAAUGUAUCUUUGGCAAUGAAAAAAGAUCCUGAGACCGAUAAAGCCUUCGGCUGGGUGCUUGAAAUGUACGCUUAUGCUGUUUCAUCUGCUUUGCAUGGAGUUGGCAAUAUCUUGUACAAGGACUUCAUGCUUCAGCCUCCCUGGGAUACAGAAAUUGGCACAAAGUUCAUCAUCCAUUAUACUUAUGGAUGUGACUAUGACAUGGAGGGCAAGUUAACCUAUGGUAAAAUUGGUGAAUGGAGGUUUGACAAAAGGUCAUAUGACACAAUUCCACCUCCAAGAAACCUUCCCCUGCCUCCCGCUGGUGUUCCAGAAAGUGUGGUGACACUGGUGAAAAUGGUGAAUGAAGCCACCGCAAACAUUCUAGAUUGGGGAUCAUAG